GUUUUUUAUUUUUAAAAACACAUAUAUAUAUAAAUAUUUAAGUAAUUCGUUUCCUGCGCUCUCAGGUUUUACUCUCUGCACUCGGUUCAUUUUUUUUUAAUCCUUUUCCAGUUUCUCUCAACACCAACAACACCAACAACGAACAUCGAUCGUCUUUCAACACCCAUUAAAUCUAAGCUUUCUUUCUCCUACACUUUCUCGUUAAUUUUCCCCCAGAAUCCUCAACCACCAUAGAUACUUCAAUCUUUUCUUUCAUUACUUGAUUUUUUUUUUUUUAAAUUUCCUAUUAUCUCAGAUUUGCCGUAAUUUUUUUAUUUUUUUUUUCAAUGCGUGCAAAACUGAGCUAAUCGGUGGGAUUUUGGUGAAUUGGAAAUGGAAAACGGCGUCGUAGACGGCGUAGUUUGUUCUACGGAAUCGGUUGAUGGAAGUCGCGAUGUGUGGAGUUGUAAGACCUCUGAUUCUGCUUCCGCUGAUCAUCUUGUUAUCAUGGUCAAUGGAAUCCUAGGAAGUGCCACAGAUUGGAAGUUUGCAGCAGAGCUGUUUGUUAAAAUGCUCCCUGAUAAAAUUUUUGUUCAUUGCAGUGAGCGAAAUGUCUCAAGGCUGACUCUAGAUGGAGUAGAUGUGAUGGGUGAGAGAUUGGCAGGAGAGGUUCUUGAAGUGAUUCAGAGAAAACCAAAUUUGAAAAAAAUAUCAUUUGUUGCACAUUCUGUGGGAGGACUGGUGGCAAGAUAUGCAAUUGGAAAAUUAUAUAGACCAUGUAAAAGUGAAAAUGUGGAGGAUUCAUCCGUUAGUGAACGUGAUGAGGAUUCAGGUAAAAUAGGUGGCUUGGAGGCUAUGAACUUUAUUACUGUUGCUACACCUCAUCUUGGUUCAAGGGGCAACAAGCAGGUACCAUUUCUUUUUGGGUUGCCUGCUUUAGAAAGAGCUGCAAGUUGUGUUAUUCAUUUGAUAUUUAGGAGAACAGGUCGGCACCUAUUUCUUACUGAUGGUGAGGAAGGAAAGCCCCCAUUGCUUAAACGUAUGAUAGAAGAUCAGGACGAUUGUUACUUCAUGUCUGCAUUGCGUACAUUCAAACGCCGGGUGGCAUAUUCAAAUGUUGGCUAUGAUCAUAUCGUGGGCUGGAGAACAUCAUCAAUAAGACGAGAUAAUGAGCUGCCAAAGUGGGAAGGUGUUGUUAAUGAAAAAUAUCCGCAUGUUGUAUAUGAAGAACGCUGCAAGGGUUAUGAUGCUGAGCAAUCUGAAACAACUACAGUUGAAGAUGAUGGCUCUGACGAGCUUGAAGAGGAACUGCUAACAGGCCUAUCUCGUCUACCAUGGGAAAAAGUGGAUGUUAGCUUUCACAGCAGCAGACAAAGGAUUGCUGCUCACAGUAUCAUUCAGGUGAAAGAUGAAAUCGUACAUAUAGAAGGAGCUGAUGUUAUACGCCAUAUGAUUGAUCAUUUUCUUACAUAGAAGACCAAAUUACUCCGACAAGUAGAUUCUUAAUUCAUCAAUGCCUGCGAUGUGUGGUUAAUUUAGGUAUGACUACAACAUGCGUGCAUCCUACAUUUCAUAUGACUUAACCAUUCUGUGUGAUACGGAAUACCUAUUUGCAGAUUUGAAGAAAACCAAAUCCUCUGUAUCAGCGAGCUCUACAAAAACUGUGAUUAAGCAAGAAAUAAUAUGAAAUUUUGUUUAUUCAUUGUAUUUUGUAACAUAAAAGAAUGCAAAAAUGGUAUUAUUCAAUAUUUUCAUUGAUUUUAUAUUAAAGUUUAGUUUCGUAUC